AUGCUUUCGCUUCUGCUGGAAGGCGAAGGCAACGGGUCUGCCCUGGCUGUGCUCCUCACGGCCUUGCUCCGUGGCGGAAGGACCACACCGGCGCGUGAUGUGCUGUUCCGCAUCUUGCGCAAGCCGCCGGCUUCUCUCCUUCGACUGAUGGACAAGGAUCGGCUGGACGAGCUCUACCGCUGGGCGCUGGUCGCUGCUGACGACGGUGCCGCCGAUGCUGCUGCACUCAUCGCUCACCACUCAAAGGCUCCACCCGGCCUCGCACCGGCCUCGGUCGAGUAUGGUGCGCGUUGGGCUUCGAUUGAGGGUCUCGUUGCUCACGAUCCAUGGCUGGUUACCGUCCUCGGCCGCCCACACGGUUGGCUGGCGGCGGUCGUGACUGACGCCGCCAUCGUCGUCGGCGCGCCUGCUGGCGUCGACGCUCUGCUUGGCAGCGGCGGCUGCGUGGUUGUGCCGUCGCAGGCUGAGAGCCCGCCCGCCUGGGUGGUCCUUGCCCACGCUUCCGAGCUCGAUGCUGUCUCUGCAGUACGCGCUUCCGCCGUUGCCGCCUUUGUGGCGGCAGCCUACCUCGCUGUCUCUGGUGCUACUGUUGACGUUGCAGUCCUUCCAUCGUCAAGCGUUGCUGACUACUUGGCCGCGCAAGCCGCGCUGCGGAGCGACGCUGCGCCACCGCUGAACGCUCUCAUUGCUGCCACCCAGCCGCAUUGUGUGUGUGGCUCGGCAUCUGGGUUCGCGGCUCUCCUUGAAUCGCUCUCGUUUGAUGCCGUGCUUGGCGGCGAGGGCGCGGCAGCAGCGGCAGCUCGUCGCGCACUCUGCGUGCCGCGAAUCGCCACAGCAGCCGAUCUCGAACACGUUCUUACUUGGCUGGCGGUUUUUCACGGCAUGAAGCCAGAGUCAAAGAUCGAACUCGGCCCCGCCUCCUGCAGAGCCGGCUACCUGCCGCGACUCGUGGCUGCUGCGUGGGAUGGCGACGCUGACGCGGCGGCGGCUCUAUUUGGCGAGACCCUCGCCAACGCGCUCGCAGGAGCCGAACACCCAGUCGAGGCUGUUAAGAGCCUCGAGCCGACGCUACACACGGCAGUCACUCGCCGAUUGCUCGAUACGGUGUCUGAGACCAUCAGCCCGUUUCGGCCGUCGUCGAUGUCGACGCAGCCGCGAACGUUUGUCUCGCUCACCUGCGACCUCGGGCUUCGCCGACUGCGCGACGACGUGCCGCGCGGCGGGAUCAUGGCGAACUUGGGCCUGGCCACCCUCACUUGGGUCGGACCGCUCGACCCGCAGUCGGCUGCCGAGAUGUUUGGCGCGCUCCUCGUUCCGCAGUAUGUCGGCCAAGCGUUACUUGGCCGCACAGCUUGUUCAGCGUGGUUUGACCUGGUUGCCACCGGGAGUGGCGCGCUGUACCUUGCGGUGUACGAGGUGCAGACUGGAGCAUCGCCGCUCGGCAACCUGGUGGCGGAGUUGGUGACUCGCCGGCCGCUGGCUGCCCUCGUAUCAGCGCCGCUUGCCCUGCUGCCCGGCUCGGGCCUGGUCUCACCUGCGCUGCUUGCGUUAGCUGGCAGCGGGCUGGCCGACACGUCGCCCGAACCGAUUGCGGUCGGGCUAGAGGCGCUUGCCAGCCUUGACCCAUUGCAUGUUGCCGACGUGGUUGUCUCGCGACUGCAGGCUGUCGGCCACGAGGUUCGCUCCGGACCGUGGGCCGGCUGGGCUCUCGAGCACAGCCUCGCGAGUACUUUGCCGUCAGCCUGGCUCUCACAUCUCGUGAUGCGACUGGCACGAGUGAAGUACGCGUCAGCCAGCAUUCUUGCUCGAUGUGGCGCCGAUGUCGACAUUGAUACUGCUGCCCACGCGCUGGUCAACGUGCUUGUUCCGCCGCGAGCCAUUGCCGCCUACGACGCACUGUGCGCCGGCGGGAGUGCGCUGGGCACUCCCGCCGCCCACGCGCUGCUCGCCCGAUUUGGGACGUCUGCCCUCCGCUCCACCAGCAGUACCGACUCCGAGCCGCUUGCGCUCAUCCGGGCUGAGCUCGAGCCUCUGGCUGCCAUCGAGGCCGACGCGUUGGCGGCGAGCCUCGACCUGCUUGCUCAUGCUCCGGCACCGGAGGAGGAUGCUCUGGCCAAGCAGCUGCUGCGCGGCGCACCGUCGCCGCUGCUGGCAGCGGCGCUGGGCGACGGCACGUUUUCGCCGGUGGCGCACCUCGUUGGCAAGGCCGGCUUGGCCAAGACGCUGGCCUCUAUUCACGCCAAGACCACGCUUGCUCGACUUGCGCUCACCGAUCUGUGCUGGCUCGACGGUGGGGUGCUUGGAAAGGCCCUCAAGUGUGUGCCCACGCUUAGACAUCUCGAGCUGGCGCGGUGCCACGCGCUCGUCCAACUGCCAUUGCUCGACAAGACCGUGCCGCAGCUCUACGAGCUCACCAUUUCUGACUGCAGCAGUUUCGUCUCGCUCGAGCCGGCCAAGCGGAGCGGCUCGCUGCUGGCCAAAGUCAAGGGCCGCGCCAGCUCUGCAUUGUUUGAGCACCCGAUGCUGGCGCGACUGGUACUUGAAGAUCUGCCUGCGCUUGCCUCGCUCCAGUUUGCGCUGCCUGCGCUCACCUACCUGCGGCUGGCCAACGUGGAGCGGGUAGUCGGCAAUGGCGCCGACGGCUCGGUCUUUGUCUCGUUUUCAACCGACCCGCUCGUGGUUGAUGUAGCUGGCUCGGCAACACUCACCGAUGCCCAGCUAGCGUCGUUCCUAGGCGCGUUGCAUGCGUCGCAGCCACGACGAGCCGAUGGUGUCGGCACACAGGUUGUGGCUGGUCCGGGAUCUUCGCGGCUCACACCGCUGGUGGCCCACUUUCCGCACCUGCUACAGUGCUCAGAGCUUGGCGAGCGCUCGCUGGCACCGGCGCCACACAUUGACGUCGGUACCUGGAUCGAUGAACUACCGGACAGCAGUACACUGAGUGCUGCCGGCGUCAACCUUCCGCCGCUGCUGCGGCUCGCGCUCGCCGGCGCCGACUCGGAAGGCGCUCUUGUCGCUGCUGCCGUCAAUCGUACAGGCUGCGGCCUGUCCGAGCUACAGCUGGCAGAGGCAAAUGCCACCGAUGCUGCCUGGGGCGAGGCUGUCCUCGCUGCGCCCGGCUGGUCGGCACUGACGUCGCUCACGCUCUCAAACAGCGCGCUUGAUGUCAGCCUCUUGUCCCAGCUUGUGCCACAGCUGAGCGCGCUCCACUCUCUCGCGCUCGUCGCCUGCACAGUCACGAAUGGGAACGAGGCUGCGCUGGGCGAUGUGCUCGGCGGCGAUAGACUUCCCAACCUCACGCUGCUCAACACGUCGGGCACACCGCUUGGAGCGCUGCCGCCGCCGUCGUCCUGGCCUCAGCUGACCGCGCUCAACAUUGCAGCAAAUGGGCUCGACGACGGGGCCGGCCCAACGCUCGCGGCAUUUGUUGCCUCCCAUCCGCAACUCACCUCCAUCAAUCUCGCGCAUAACUUGCUUCUUGGCUCCGGCGUUGCCGUCAUCGCCUCCGCCAUCGUUCCGCCAACAGGUGCCACGCUCACGCUCAACAUCGGUGGCGUCGGCCUCGGGCCGCAGCACAUCCCGCCACUCUGCGACACCCUUGCUUCUGCCUGCACAGCUGCCGGCGCGAACACCACCAUCGACGUUGUUCUAGCCGGCAACGACGUCGACGACGACGUCAUCCAUGUUGUGGCCUCGGUUUGA